AUGGACGUCCGCUCAUUAUUCGUACCCGCUUGUUGUUUGGUAAAUGUAACCUGGCGAAGUAAAUAUACCGCUAAAGUAGGCGAUGCGAUUUCAAGUUUAAAUUUGGCAGAUGUCGAAGUACAGCCCCGUAUUCCACAUGCUAGCUCAACCGUCAGAGAGUCUACAGAAAUCGUCAACGAAGACCUCGCUAAAGGAUUUGGCAUAAUUGAUAAAAUUUAUUUCAACGACAGCCGUGUCCGUGCUAAAUCAAUUGGCGCAGUUCUGGAAAUAUUAAAGAUAGUGGCGUUGUCAGAAACAGGAGGAUCAGGUGAUACGCUGAGAGGCAGGUCGGUACAUGAAUAA